CUGUGCUCCUUCGAACCACAAACCAAAGUCCCCUCCACUUUCCAAGCCUCCACAAACCAAAGAGCUCUUCUAUAGAGCAGCAGCCACACCAUGGCACCGCGUUCUCUGGGAGUGCUCGCCGUCGCCCUCGCGCUCUUGCAGGCCGCCUCGGCGAAGUCCUGGCUUGGCGCCAAGUUCACCACGGACGGCACCGUCCGCGAGGGAUACGACAGUUCCGGCCAGCAGGUGGUGAUGCUCAGCCUCGACCAGCACUCCGGCGCCGCCGGCUUCAACUCCAAGGAGCAGUACCUCUACGGCGAGUUCAGCAUCGAGAUGAAGCUCAUCCGCGGGAACUCCGCCGGCACCGUCUCAUGCUUCUACCUUUCUUCCGGCGACGGCGACGGGCACGACGAGAUCGACAUGGAGUUCAUGGGCAACGCCACCGGUCAGCCGGUGGUGCUCAACACCAACGUGUGGGCCAACGGCGACGGCAAGAAGGAGCACCAGUUCGACCUGUGGUUCGACCCGGCCGCCGACUACCACACCUACACCAUCAUCUGGAACCCUACGAACAUCCUGUUCAAGGUGGACAACCUCUUCAUCCGGUCCUUCAAGCGCUACGCCGACCUGGCCUACCCGAGCUCCAAGCCCAUGACGCUGCACGCCACGCUGUGGGACGGCAGCUACUGGGCGACGGAGAAGGGCAAGAUGCCCAUCGACUGGUCCGGCGCGCCCUUCGUCGUCUCCUACCGCAGCUACGCCGCCAACGCCUGCGUCAGCGGCGGCGCGUGCCGUACCGGCAGGGACGGGUGGAUGCACAGGCAGCUCGACAACGCCGAGUGGGGCACCGUCAGGUGGGCGGAGAAGAACUUCAUGCGCUACAACUACUGCCAGGAUGGGUGGAGGUUCCCGCAAGGACUCCCCGCCGAGUGCAGCCGCCACUGAUGCUGAUGAACUGAUACGUUCUCCCCCGGUUCAUCCAGCUAUACUGCGCAUUGUUCAUUGUUUAUUGCAUUGGUUUCGUUUUCUUGGGUAUAUGAUUCUUAUUCUACUUUGUGAAUUUGUGAUUAAAAAGCAGCCCUGCAGAAACGUGUGGGCGGUUGUACACACCUAGUUUUUCCCUGAACAGCAGAGCAUGUAAUUUUUAUCGUGCUUUUGGAUAUAUAUACAGGCAUGCAGCAUGUAUUGUGAGAAUUAAUU